UUUUGAAAAAGCGAGACAAAAUCUCACCUAUUUCCUUUAAUUUGGGUCAUUCCUAUCAAAAUCCGAAAUAAAUCGAUCUUGUGUUAAUUAAAAAUUGUUUUGUUUUGAUUUUUUGGUUCUCCCUGUAGUAUAGUUGGAGACAGUUUGGUUUGUUUGAAAUUGAUUUGAAAGGAGCUGUGUUCUACUGUUUGUACUUCAAGUCAGCAACAAUUCUACCCUUGUUCUCGUUCUUCAAGUUUUAAGUAACCACAAUACAUGUACGAUUUCAUCAAUGAGGUAUAAAAUUUCACUUGAAUCCGCAUUAUCUCUUUCAAAACCUAAAAUUUCCAGAAUCCCAUUCGGCCCCUUCAAUCAUUUCUGUCAAAGGAGAUGGAGAAAGCCAGUAGAAAACGCACAAACUCGAUUAGAAGACAGAACAAGGGACCUCAAGCUCGACAAACUCGCAACACAAUUCCAGAAAUUCAGGAUCAUCCUCAAACUCCGCGAGCUCAUGAUCGAUCGGAAACGCGGCCCUUUCGUCUCCUUACAAAUCAUGUCUCGAUGGCGAAACAUUGUUGGACUCAAAAUCGGGAUUGGGGAGUUCGUUCAUAAGUACCCCCACGUGUUCGACGUAUUUCCCCAUCCGGUAAGGAGGAAUUUAUGCUGUAGAAUCACCGGAAAAAUGACCGCCUUGAUGAAACAAGAGGAGAAUGUUAUUAACGAUCUCGAAAUCGAGACUGUGCAGCGAUUGAAGAAGUUGCUAAUGAUGUCUGUGAAUGGGGCUCUUCAUGUUCAUGCUUUGAGACUAAUCAGCAAGGAAUUGGGGUUGCCUGAUGGGUUUGGAGAAUCGAUUCUCGAGAAGUAUUCUGAUGAUUUCAGACUGGUUGAUUUGGAGAUUGUUGAAUUGGUUGAGAAACAUGAGAAUGGAGCCGUGGCGGAGGUUGAACAAUGGAGGGAGAGAGAGUUUAGAGAGAAAUGGCUGAGUGAAUUCGAUGUUAAAUAUGCAUUUCCUAUCAAUUUCCCAACUGGGUUUAGAAUAGAGGGAGGUUUUAGAGAGAAAUUGAGGAAUUGGCAGAGGCUUCCAUAUGCAAAACCAUACGAGAAGAGACAAGGCUUUGGUUUUCGUUCUUCUGGGGGGAUGCAGCGCCACGAGAAACGAGCUGUGGCUGUUCUUCAUGAACUGUUGAGCUUGACUGUGGAAAAGCUGGUUGAUAUUGAGCGGCUUGUCCAUUUUAGGCGAGAUUUCGCCAUUGAAGUCAAUAUCCGCGAGCUUCUACUGAAGCAUCCAGGGAUAUUCUACAUAUCAACCAAGGGGAAUACCCAAAUCGUUUUCCUUAGAGAGGCUUAUGCUAAAGGGUGCUUGAUAGAGCCCAAUCCAAUAUACAUUGUUAGAAGGAAGAUGCAGGACCUUGUUCUGUUGGGACGUCGACACACCAAGCAGUUGGAAUCAUCCAUGGAAAUCAAGGAAAAUGACAGUGCAGCCUAUAAUGGAGACUGGUUAUCUAAAAGUGAAGGAAGCUGGGUUUUGCCAAUACUACAGGGCUUUGAUUGAGGGAUGGAGUUCAAAUAUCUGAUGAAGAUUUGAUGGUUUGUGCAUUAUUUGGGGGUGGGUGUGAGGAAGGAACUGUGUUCAUGGUGGAAUCAAGUUGAUUGUCUGAUGAUGUUUGAAUGUCUCACCACUCAAGAGGGACAAAGAAACCAUCCUUUAAGGUCAUUCCUUCAAACUUCCAUAUAUUUUUUAAAAUCUAUUCAAGGGUCUUGAAAAUUUGAAUAUAUAAGCAAUUUCAAAACUAUGUGCGAGCUCCGUUCACUAUUUUAAAAAUCAUACUAAACUCACCUUAAAUCAUUACUUUGUUUGGUGAUAAAGAAACUAAUGUUUUUUGUUGUCGUCAUGUUUUUAUCAGCUUCCUUCAUACUUCGUUUUAUUAUGUAAAUUAAGUAGGAUGAUAUGCAGUUAUGGAAAUACUUGAUGGUCCUUCUUUUCUCGAGUGAAGAGUAUAAAAGGACUCCAAUACUUACACUGAAUCCAUAGUAAUCUGCAUUGACCUUAUUUUUACAAUUGAAAUAUCCUGCAUAUCAUUUUAUUGUUACUGCUAGACGUGCUUGUGGUAUUUUCAGUUAGAUUAGACCAUAUUUAGGAUCACUUAGCUGGAGUACUUUUAGCUGGUUAGAAGCACGUUUUUUAAACCAUUAUUAAACACAUUCUCAAUUGGGGGUCUUUUAAAGUUUUUUGGAAAGAGAAUGGUUCUGUCUUUUGUCUCUUUUAUGAGCCCACGAAUGAAGGAGCUGGCAUUUUAUAUUUUUCUUUACUAACUGGUAAAAUCAACAGACAACACAGAAUUUCUUGCUGCUGCUUAAGAGGCAGGCUUCAGCAACUAUUUUUGUAGGACUCGUGCUUAUUAUGAAGCACCAAACCCAUGGACAAAGCUGGCUGAUUUAGAAAGCAUAUGGAAACAACCAAUCUGCAAAAAUGACAAUGGUUUCACAUAUAAAGCAAUCGGGAAACUUUUUUUUUUUUCUUUCUUUGGAUAAGAAACCAAUCUUGCAUUAAGAAAAAUGAAAGAAUUUACAAGGGCAUAUGAUAAAAACAAGCUUGCAAAAAGAGACCUUAACCGAUUGCAAGUAGGAACUACAAUCCAAAGAAUCUCACGAAGCUGAUAAGUACAAAAAACAUAUCAACCUGUCCAUAAAGACACCAAUAAACCUCACAACCACCCACACCUCCUCCAAAGACUUCCCAUCUCUCUAAACAUUCUACUAUUCCUCUUGAGUCACAGUAUCUACAAAAUAGUACGCGAACAAGUCGGCCAAAAAAUUCUUCCUUUUAUCUCGAAAGGGGGACCCUGAAUUUGAGACCCAUUUUAUUUCAUCUUUAUUUGAAUGGUUGCAAGUCCUCUUUGAUUAUGAGCUGGCAUAACACAAGUGUCAAUGAAAUGAAGUUUGGAUGGAGAAAGCCUAUAAAGGAUUGCUGGUGGGCAAAAAGUCUUGUGACCCUCCAAGAAAUUUGGUUAUUUUGUUUGAGACAACCUUGGUGAAAGAAUAGAAACAACCAACAGGGAUUGUGUUUAUGAUGAAAUGAAGAACUUGUUGGCUAAAGGACUACAAGUUUCUCGGACUUGCUUCCCUCAAUCAGAUCAUCACAUUGGCUUCAAUCCAAGACAUUUACUAAGAGGAUCAAAGGAAAAGGACAUGCUUCUGUUUUCUUCACUUGCAGUAUGUUUGAUGAUCUUCAGAUUCAAUAAAGAAGAGUGAUAUCAGAGCAAGCUUUUAGUACUCAAUUAUUGUUAAUGUUGAAAUUGGUGGGUAAUUAUUCAUGUGAUGAUGCUACAAUGGAUAGUUUCGGGUUUUGGCAUCUUUUUUUCUCUUCCAAUUUGUUAUAAUUAUUGUGAUUUCCCGGUGAUUUAAGGACUUUAAUGUGUGAAGAAGAGUCUCUAAUUUGCUAAGAGUCAUUAGAGUUGAAGUUUGCCUGUAAUUUCAAGACGUUUAGAGCAAAGUACAAGAUGAAACCGAAAUAGAGAAUUGGUGCUUAAGCAUCGAGGAGCAAGUAAGCAUUGUCCGAGGAGCGAGGUCGGUUCAAGCUGCUUGCACCUGGUUCGAGUCGAUUUUAAGAGUUCAAAGCGAUUCAAGUCAAGCUUCAAAUUAUCAUUGUAAUAAUUUAAGUUUGUUUAGGAUGCCAAAAUCGAUCCAUUUUAGUGUAGUUUAUUUAA